AUGGGCUAUGCUUGUUCUUAUUGCGAUAACCAGUACCGAAACCCGGGGGACUUGAAACGGCACUCAUUAGAACAACAUAAAGACGUAACGCAAGCAAGAUUCAUGAAGAAAUUCAACUUGCCCAAUUUUCUAAUCAAAUUGGACGUGACGGCCCUACGUUGUACGGUUUGCGGUGCUAACGUUGACAGCCUAAACGGUAUCAUCAGUCAUCUGAGUGAGGUCCAUGCUAAGACAAUUCACGUUCUUGACAAAAACUACAUUCUGCCGUUCGAUUUUCGGAGUGACUUAAAAAGCUGCGCCCUGUGCAGCCACGUUUUGAACUCUUUCAAGAAGUUACUGGAGCACACAACCUCUCACUACACGAACUUCACGUGCGACAAAUGCAGCGCCGGCUUCAUCAAUUCUAGCGCCCUGAAGAGCCAUUAUCACAUACACACUGACGGCGCCUACAAAUGUUCGUAUUGCCCGAAAAUCUUGAAGCAUUUAAGACAGAAACACAACCACGAGAAAGUUCACAGACACAAAAAUAUGUUGUAUAAGUGCUGGUUGUGCGCUGAGGCGUUUAACGCGGACGCCAAGAGGAUACGUCAUUUGAACGAAGCGCAUGGCGUGGUGCCCGAUUUGUUUAAAUGUCGGGCCUGUGUUAAGACCUUCAAGAACCGCAAAGCUUACAAGUCGCACAUAAAAAGGGAUCAUCUCAUGGAGAGGCAGCACGCUUGUAAGGAAUGCGAGAAGAGUUUCUUCAGGGCUGAGCAGUUGAGGGAGCAUAUGGUCAAGCAUACGGGCUUGAAGCAAUAUGAAUGUGAUAUGUGCUCUAAAAGAUUUGGCGCUAAAGGUAGUCUAAGAAAACACAUGCGAAGACACGAAUACGGCAAAUGA